GAUUCACACCGAGGAUUGCCAUCAAAGGCCAUGGAUCUCGCCACACGGCUGUUCACCAUUCUGCAAAACCCGCAGUUGGUUGCCAGUUUUCAAAAUUUUUGCGGGGUCGACAGUCAGGAGACAAAGACACGGGUCAGAACUCAGAAAAAAGACUUGUUGUCCACUCGUUCAUCCAAAGUAGACGACCAGAACAAUUGUGCACAAUGCCAGCAUCGCGAGUCCAUUUAUUUGGCGAACGGUUGUGAAAGUAAUGGAAACACGGGUCAGUUAAGAGGAAAUGGGAGGUUGGUCAGUGAAGGAAGCGUCAUCGCCAAGAGGCACCCCGACGAUAACCACAAACUAACGCCGUGCAAAUGCGACCAGCCGCAUGAAAACGGCGUACCAGUCACGAACGGGUCAGUGCCACUAGUUGAGAAAGUCGAGGAGAUCGUAAACGGAGAGCUAACCGAUGAUGUCACCAAUAUACUCGAGCCAGAACAUUGGACAAAUUUUGAAUAUGACUACACUGUUAAGUACAAUAUUCUGUACUACGUUUUUAAGCUCGCCUCAGGUGUGGGAAAUGAGACAUUUUUCACUCUUUUCUUUCCUUAUGUCAUUUGGAACAUGGAUAGUUGCGUUGGAAGGCGGAUGAGUAUGGUGUGGUUUUAUAUAAUGUACGUUGGACAGGCCAUGAAAGAUUUGAUAAAGCUGCCACGCCCGGCAUCCCCACCUGUUAUACGAUUGGAGAAGAGAUACGAGUAUGAGUAUGGCAUGCCUUCCACUCAUGCCAUGAUUGGGUUGGCUUUCCCGUUUUCAUUAUUGACCAUAAUGUACUGGCGUUAUCCAAAUGAGUUCUGGUUUGAGGGGGCUGCAGUGGUGGCCUUCCUGUGGAUGUGCCUAGUGACAGCCAGUCGUCUGUAUAUGGGCAUGCACACUGUCCUGGAUAUACUUGCUGGUUUGGCGUACGCUGCUCUAGUCCUACCACCAUGGCUACCUGCAUUGUCGUACAUUGAGUACUUCUCUAUCACCUACAAAUGUGCCCCACUAGUGGUCAUCCCUGUUACGGUGGGACUGGGCAUGUGCUAUCCUAAAAUGGACAGAUGGAGUACAACACGAGGGGACACAACUGUGGUCAUGUCCACUAGUGUGGGAGUGUUGUUAGGUACCUGGCUGGACUUCCAGUUUGGAAGGUUUGAGAAUUGGGAAGUAGGACCCCCAUACAAGUUCAAUCUGUGGGAGAGGCAGUUAUUGUGGAUGGGAAUACUGCGGUUUGUUCUGGGUAGUGUUGUCGUCGUGACGACUAGGAUACUGCUGAAGGCUGUGGUGAUCCGUGGGGUAUGUGCUGUGUUGGGAGUCAACCGUCGUAACAUUGCAGCUCUACAGCAACUGAGGGUUGAACUACCCUACAAGUAUAUAACAUACACAUGCUUAGCCAUAUCUGCCACCUUUGUCGUCCCAAAUUUAUUUGCUUUUUUGGGUAUUGAACGAGCCUCAUACCUAACUGAAAUUCUGUGAUCAUUUGACAUUCAUUUUGGGUAAUACAAUUAUGUGUAGUGUAUUUAUUUACAUCAUUUAGAUAUGUAUUCAAUUGAAAUCUGAUUUUUUGAUGUUUUUCAUCUGUUUAAAUAUGUUUUUUUUUUGUUGUGUUUGGUGUGUUUUUUUUUUUUCAUUUAAAUGCUGUUACUGUUGGUUUUUCUACCUUAACUCACUUAAAUGUUGUCAAUAAGUUGUAUUUCAAUAUAAAGUUUUGACAAGAUCAUUUGCUUUUGUCCACGUCUGAUUUUUUUUAUAUGACAAUUCCACCUUGUAAUGAUAUUUUCUGCUUUAUAUUUUAAAACUAAUUUUUGAACAAGGAGAGCU